AUCCAGUAGCUCAUACUCAAUCCGCUUAUUCCCCGCACUCCAAGUGCAAGCCCUAGACGAAGCUGCUGCCAACGCUCGGAGGCGGGAGAGACAGGGGAGUGCAAGAGAGAAGAAGAAGAAGAAGAAGCACUGAAUAUGGCGGGAAAGCGAAGAAAGGAGAAUCAGCAUGGGGAAGCAGCAGCAUCCGAGCGUUCCUCCUCUAAGAGGCGUUCCCAGCCUUCUAAGCACCGGCGCGACCGCCACGGAGCGGAAGCAGACGAUGAGGAACAGGAGUAUCUGGAACCCAAGUUGAGCUCCAGGAUCUUGGAGGAAGCCCUAAACCAGCAGAAAGAAAUCCUUGCGGAGGAAGAAACACAGAAGACGGGCUCCACGAGUACGCGCCAUGCGUUCACAGCCGCAGCCGUAGAAGCGGCAAUAACUCGUCUAGGAGAACUAGAUAACGAUGAUGAUGACGAUUUCUCUGAGACACAAAGCCAGUAUGACGGAUACCAUGAGAUUGACGAGGAGGAUGAAAAGGUUUUGGCCACGUUCAUGUCGAAAGAUGCUGGGCCUCAACGCACUUUAGCUGAUCUCAUCAUCCAAAAAAUCAAGGAGAAAGAUGCUCAAGUUGCCUCUGAAGCUCGGCCGCUCCCUCAACUGGACAGCAGCAUUAUUGAUUUAUAUAAGGGAGUUGGCAAGCUAUUAAGCAGAUAUACGACUGGUAAACUUCCAAAAGCAUUCAAGGUUGUUCCUUCUCUUUCACUUUGGGAAGAUGUGCUUUACCUGACAGAACCUGAAAAAUGGUCACCAAAUGCAAUGUAUCAAGCGACAAGGAUAUUUGCAUCGAAUUUGAGUGUCAAAAGAGCUCAACGUUUCUACAACUUAGUGUUACUGCCACGAGUUAGAGAUGACAUUCUGAAGAAUAAGCGUCUGCAUUUUGCUCUUUAUCAGUCAUUGAAAAAGUCGCUUUAUAAACCAGCAGCCUUCUUUAAGGGUAUCUUUUUGCCAUUAUGUCAGUCAGGUACUUGCUCCCUUAGGGAAGCUGUUAUAAUCGGAAGUGUAAUUCAGAAAGUAUCCAUUCCACCACUUCAUUCAAGUGCUGCUUUGAUGAAAAUAGCUGAGAUGGACUACUGUGGCACAACCAGCUAUUUCAUUAAGCUUCUCCUGGACAAGAAGUAUGCAUUGCCUUAUCGUGUGCUUGAUGCUGUUACUGCACAUUUUAUGAGAUUCCUGGAUGAUGAAAGGGUUAUGCCAGUGAUAUGGCACCAGUCACUCCUUACAUUUGUACAAAGAUACAAAAAUGAACUAGUGAAGGAGGAUAAAAACAACUUGGACCGUUUAAUUCAACAUCAGAAGCAUUAUCUGGUAACUCCUGAGAUCCGUCGUGAGCUUAAGAAUAGCCGGAGCCGUGGAGAGAAGGAGGAUGAUGCCAUGUUGAUUUCAUCUUCCGCAUCUGUCAUCAAUAAAACAAUUGAGGAAGAUCGGUGGAACUAUCCAGCGGUUCCAAUGGAAGAGGAUUGAUGCAGGGCCGUGUUCGAUGGCAGUUCUCAUAAAUUAUCUUGUGUCAAUAUUUGUGUUUAAUUUAAAUUUUUUUAGUGAAGAUGAGUUAAUAGUGAAAGCGUUGCAUUUUGUGCAUUUUUGAUAUAAAAAUCAUCAGCAGUUUUGAUCUC